AUGACGAUUUUAAUAUUUUGUGAACCUACUGAUGUUAGAGGCCUUUGGAAUGAGUUUUUUACACAUAUGAUAGAGGAUUAUCAAACAGCUAACAAUGAUGUGGAAUCAAACUUAACUAAUAUGUUGUUGAAGGACUUGAAUGAACUCUUAAACCUGCACGAUAAAAAGAUUGAUGAUUAUGAUCUCGCAUCUUUACCCCCUAAUACAAUAGACAGAGGUGCAGUUCCAAGUAUCAUACAAGAGGAGUUAGCGAUCGAUAUCCCCAAUGAAGAUAUUGAAUCUAUUGCUAAGUUAAAUAAUGAUCAAAUGAUUGCAUUCAACACCAUUAUGAAUGUAAUUGUUCAAAAACACAGUGGGGUAUUUUUUGUUGAUGGUCCAGGAGGAACAGGUAAAAUAUUCCUUUAUAGAACAUUAAUGGCAAGUUUAAGAAGUAGAGAAGAAAUUGUCUUAGCAACUGCAUCAUCUGAUAUAGCUGCAACAUUGUUACCCGGUGGUAGGACUGCACACUCUCGAUUUAAGAUACCUAUUGAUAUUCAACCGAGUUCCAUUUGUGGUAUUGAAAAGCAAAAGGAUCUUGCAAAUCUCAUUAGAGUUGCUGCCGCAAUAAUUUGGGAUGAAGCACCAAUGACAAACAAAAAUUGUUCGGAAGCCUUAGAUCGAUCAUUACAAGACAUUUGUAGCAACAAAGCUCCAUUUGGUGGAAAAGUUCUGAUCAUGGGGGAGGGGGGAUUUUCGUCAAGUUCUUCCUGUUGUAAGAAAAGGUACUAA